AACUCGGAUCGGCUAUUUGAAAAGAUCAGUUUAAUGGUUGGGCUCUACCUAUGCUUCUGUUACUGCAAACCCACAACGCAUCUGCCCCAAAUUCUAGGGCUUAUAACCAGCCACUGAUCUCUUCAUUUACUCCUCUGCAACCUACAAAUUCCAUUUUUUCCGAUCAAACCAUACUUCUUCGAUGGCGCCAUCGCUUGGCCCUUACUCCGGUACCAGCACUCUCGCUUUGGUGGCUCGUGUGUCAGCCUUCUCUGCUGGACUACUUUACGGAAGUAUCAAGCUCAAAUACCUUAAGGCGAAGGUGAAGUCGCAAAGAAAAGCUGAAGCCAAGGCACACCACUAGAAGUAAGUAGUGAAAUAUCUGAAAUAAUCCUCGAGUAAAUCUUGCUCGGAUCUUCAAUAUUGUUAGAGAUGUCUUAACAUGAUUUUGGUGUUCUCCGAUUCGACCAUAGCAACUGGUUAAUUACAGUUUUGGAAAGUGGGAUUCUGCUACAGAAUAAUAGUCGUAGCUCAAUUGGUCAGUUCUUGACUUUGCUUCUAAUUGGUCAUCAGUUUGAGUCUCUUCAAGGCCACUCAUAACUUCAAGGCCCCAUAAGAUUACUCGAUAUUCAUGUUAACUGGUCCGGAUGCCUACGAUUGCCCAAAAAACAACUUAUUGUUUGACAUUGUGCAGGCUGCGUAUGUGAUUUAUGAUUUUAUAUAGCAAAGGGAACAGUCUAUUGUUAC